GACGACGACGCCCGCAGGGACUUCGAGCGCGCGGCGCGGCUGGGCAGCCCCUUCGCGCGGCGCCAGCUGGUGCUGCUCAACCCGUACGCCGCGUUGUGUAACCGCAUGCUGGCCGACAUGAUGGGGCAGCUGCGCGGCCCCCGCAACGGACGCUGAGCGCGCGGGAGGGCCCGGCGCGGGGCGUGGGGGGCUGAACCAAUAAAGCUGCGGAGCUGAGCGACUGCGCGCCUUUCAGUUCUCUUACGCGCCCACGCACGGGAGCCCUCGCUCGGGCUGACCAGCCAGGGGGCCCGGGCGCCGGCCGGGAGGGGCGGGAGCGGCCACCCCCUCGCCCAAGGUCGGGCAUUGAUUGGCCCUGCCUGGCGCGGCCCCCGCCCUCGCCGCGGACUGCGGUGCUCAUCAGACCUGAACAGUUGCUCGGUUGCGCUGUCGGAGGGAGCCAGGUGAGCCGCUGGGGAGCGGGUGAUGGCGGGAUGUUUGCGCGAGCCUCCUCUUGGGCCCAAAGCCACCUGAGCAAGCGGGAUCGGAGAAGGACGCACAGGGCGAGAGAUGGGAGGGAGAACGGGGCAGGAGAAAGGACAGCGUCGGAGGAGGGCAGUCCGCGUGGGGGAGGGGUAUGUGCAGACCGUGUGUGUGUGUGUGUGUGUGUGUGUGUGUGUGUGUGUGUGUGGUGCAGCUGCACAGUUGCCCCUUCUGUGUAUCUCCGUGUGUGUGCCGUUUGUCCCCAGCAGUCAGAGCCGGGUUCUGCGCCCGCAGGUGCCCAGGUAUGUGCCGGGUGGGUCUGUGCCUGUGCCCCUGGGCUUCGCUCUUCGGCCGUGCCUCGGCCCCUGCGGGCCAGUCUACAGUCGUGACUCCGCGCAUGGUUCUUUUUGUCUUUCGAGAACAAAUUUCUGAAGGAGUUACUAGGCCUGCCUGCUUUCAUCUGGCUGACACCGAGGCCAGCCCGUAAUCUCAGCAGCCUGGGCCCAAGCCCUGGCCACCAUGGGGCUGCCUCCAGGCCCAGCCAUCCUCCCGCACACGCUGCUGCUCCUGCCAGCCCUUCUGAGCUCAGGCUGCGGGGAGUUGGCACCACAAAUUGAUGGUCACACCUGGGCCGAGAGGGCACUUCGGGAGAAUGAGCAUCAUGCCUUCACCUGUCGGGUGGCAGGGGGCCCUGGCACCCCCCGAUUGGCCUGGUACCUGGAUGGACAGCUACAAGAAGCCAGCACCUCAAGACUGCUGAGUGUAGGCGGGGAGGCCUUCUCUGGAGGCACCAGCACCUUUACUGUCACUGCCCAGCGGGCUCAACAUGAGCUCAACUGCUCCCUGCAGGACCCUGGCAGUGGCCGGUCAGCCAACGCCUCUGUCAUCCUCAAUGUGCAAUUUAAGCCAGAAAUUGCCCAGGUUGGGGCUAAGUACCAGGAAGCUGAGGGCCCAGGCCUCCUUGUUGUCCUGUUUGCCCUGGUGCGAGCCAACCCACCUGCCAAUGUCACCUGGAUUGACCAGGAUGGGCCCGUGACUGUCAACACCUCUGACUUCCUGGUUCUGGAUGCUCAGAACUAUCCCUGGCUCACCAACCACACCGUGCAGCUGCAGCUCCACAGCCUGGCUCACAACCUCUCAGUGGUGGCCACCAAUGAUGUCGGCAUCACCAGUGCCUCACUUCCAGGCCCAGGGCUCCUGGCCACCCGGGUGGAAGUGCCACUGCUGGGCAUCGUUGUGGCUGGAGGGCUUGCCCUGGGCACCCUAGUGGGAUUCAGCACCUUGGUGGCCUGCCUGGUCUGCAGGAAAGAGAAGAUCAAAGGCCCCUCCCGACGCCCAUCUCUGAUCUCUAGUGACUCUAACAACCUGAAACUCAACAAUGUGCGCCUGCCCCGGGAGAACAUGUCCCUCCCGUCCAACCUGCAGCUCAAUGACCUUGCCCCAGAUCCCAGAGCAGAGAAACUAGCAGACCGGCCAAUGGCUCGGAACAGCAGUCGGCCAGAACUUCUGGAACCUGAGCCUGGUGGCCUCCUCACCAGCCGAGGUUUCAUCCGCCUCCCAAUGCUGGGCUACAUCUAUCGAGUAUCGAGUGUGAGCAGUGAUGAGAUCUGGCUCUGAGCAAGGUGGAACAGGAGUGCCCUUUACCACGGCACCCGAAGUACCCACCCUCUGUUCCUCAGUGCAUCCUCUGCCUGGGCAUGUGGCCAACACAAAGAGACCAUGCCACUGGCACUGGCUGGUCCUCUCGCCUGGGGUAUCUGGGAAUCAAGCACAUAAUCUGUUUCGCUGGGAUCUGACACAUAGUUAGGGCUGCCAGCCAGAACUAAGCCCUUUGUGCUAACUCAGGUUGGGGCCUGCAUGUGAUGACCAGGCCCAGGCAGAUAGAACUCUCGGGCUAGGUGUGUCCAGGUGUCACCCAGGACCCAAGUGUGGUUUGGCUUGCUACAUGGCCCGCACCCAUAUUCAAUGCACCUUGUAUAGUAGGCAUGGGGGAUGCUUAUAGACAGGGAGGACCCUGCAUGUCUUGAAUGUCUUCUUAUGCUAUGCAGCUUUGUUCCCUCAGGGAAAAUGCAGUACCUGCUAGCUGUGUAGACCCAAACUGCCCUUUGCACAAGAACCAACCUGUGGCCCGGGGCCACCGCCAAGCACAACUUGUCCCUUUUGCUGCAUACCUCCCUGCCCUUCACCCCGUGCCUCUGGCCCUGCAUCUUCUUUGACAUCAUGGGUUAUACACUGGAUCUUCUCUGUUCCUUCUCCUGGCACUCUGUUCACUUCCGCAUUGGCCUGAUCCCCAGCAGUGCCAGUGCCUGGUGUUAGCACAAGUCUGGGAAGAAGAGAAAGGUGGCAAGUCUGGUGGCACCCAGGGUUGCAUGUAGCUAUGUUAUCAUUUUUAACAGUGUUCGCACUUUAAGCACAUUCCCUAGGGGAGGGGGUAAGAGAGAGCCCAGGGCCCUCUGGGAUCCCCAAGUUUGGCCUUCCUGUGAUUCACUGUGAGUGUCCAGAGCCCUCAGGUGGUUCCCCUCUCAGCAAGUCUCCCUGCCAGGGGACUCCAACCUGACCAACCCCUCACUGUCCCAUCUGUCAGAAGCCAUUUGUCCUACCCCACCCUCUGUUCUUUAGGUGGAGCUAAAGAGGCUACAUAAUUCAACAGUUCCAAAAACUUCAGGGAGACAUAGAGAAAGGGGGAGACUGCACACUCCAAAAUGCUUUUAAGAAGCAACAUGAAAAUUAUUGGAAAUUAGCAGAGUGCAGAGUAUAUUUUUCCCUUGUUGUUUUAUAAUUUUUCUCACGUUACUGCCUAGGACAGUGCUAAGCACACCGUAAAAUCAAUAAACUUCACUGAAUGAAUAUA